AAAAAUUCUCAUCAUUUAAAAAAAACGUGAAAAAUAUAGAAUGUGCCAUUGCUCUUGAGUUAUUCUGUCCCUGGAAGUGGAGAAGUUCAUCUUUCUCCCAGGGGAAAAAACGUAAUUUUCCAGCAGGUCUGAAGACAAGGCAAGUUUCACUCCCAAACUGAGCACACAGGCAACUUCUUGUCACGUGACUCGAAUGUGACGCUCGAGUGUAAACAAAGUACGUGGUGACGUCAGGUGACCGAACGAUGCGUUCACUGGACGGUGACGUGUCGAACAAGAGAAAAUAUGGCCUUUUUACAGAGUCACCAAAAAUGACGUCAUCAUCGGUAAUGUGUCCGUGAGCUUUUUACAUGUGACAUUAGUGAGUCAUGCAUUAUUCAGGCGAUUUUGGAUCGGAACCCGUGACACUCAGCUGACACAGACCGACACCUUCAAUACUGGCUAGCAAUUAGCUUAUCUGGUCCAAUUCAGAAAAAAUGGCUGGAGAGUUUUACCCUCUUGAGUCCAUUCAUAAUUUUAUUGAGAAAACUGUUAUCAUCGAGAAGCCAGAAAGGUAUGUGUCAAAGUUCCGGCCAACAGUUCUUGAGGAGAGGAAGCCAACAAAUUAUAUGAAAACGAUGGGCCCAAACAAAUUGGAGGUGCCCAUCCCAACCAAUUACCUGAAAAAGCAUUCCAAAGAACCCAAACUACCAGAGAUCAAACAGGUCAAGACUCAUUACGUCUGUUCAUUGAAGAAAACAGCCGUCCCUACAGGGCCGUUUCUACCACCCGUUAGUCCCACCCCUACAAAGAGGAAGACCACCACACCAAAAGGACCCAAACAGCCCCCAUGCGUUGUUGACACAAACAAGGGACACAAGGAGUCCCAUAAUGUAAACUCAGGGCUUGUCCCUGUGUACAUAAGGAAAAAGGAUUAUGGAGAAGUACCAAACUACCUAAUGCGGCGUAAAGCAAAGCAUCAACAGGCACUGGAAGAGUACAACAUGAAUCUGAAAAAGCAGGAGGAGCAUGAAACCAUGAAAUACCUUUCUGACGUGGAAUGUCAGGCCAUCGUUGAGGAACUGAAGCAGAAAUACAACGAGCUAAAUGCCGAGUACCAGCGCCUCCCAUUUAUGAUUGACACCCCGUCGAUGAAGAAUCGUAAGGUACGUCUCGAGGUGGAAAUGAAGCAACUGGAGGAUGAUAUUAAACUCCUUAAUCGGUUGGACUCCAUCUGCAAAAACAAGUAGCCCACAGAUGUGCUAAAGAGGUGUCUUCCAUCCGAGUCAUCGACUGAACUCAACUAGUGGACAAUUAAAAACGUGAGGUCAUGUGGAUGAUUUGAUUAGAGUAGUGGAUGACCCGUGACGGGCAAUUCCAACAUUGUUGGGUUAGAAUUAAACUCAUUCACUGCCAGCUCUCCCAGUUACGAUGCAUACUUGCAUAGCCAUCAGGAGUGGUGAAUGAGAAAUGUAUUUUGACAUUCUGCUGGAAGGAAAUGGACUUGAGCUAAUUCCUCUUUUGGGGGAUGUAUUUUUGUUGUCAUACAAUUAAAUAUUGAAAUUUCAAAUGCACAAAUGGAUGAGUCUGUCCAUGCUAUUGACUUAACACCAUUGGGUGCUUAAGUAUUUAAUGGCUGUGAAUUGAUGUUUUUUAUUUUCAUGUUAAUUUAACCGAAUGUUAUGUGCAAUGUUGUGCUAUUAUGCUACAGAAUUGUUCUGCUA